CCGUUGCCAUGGCGGCCGCGGCUCCGGCGUGAGGCGAUGGCGGCGCCCGAGGGCAGGGAGGCGGCGGGGCUGGAGCUGCGGGCGGCCAUCGGCUUCAACGGUCAUAUCCCAUUUGGCCUGAUCUGCCACCCAAACAAGGAGCACCUUCUCUACCCGCUGGGAUGUACCGUGGUUAUUCAAGAGUUGGCCAGCAAGAAGCAGGCGUUCUUGCACGGCCACACCAACAACGUCUCCUGCAUCGUUGUCUCAAGGAGCGGUACGUUUGUGGCCUCUGGACAAGUCACCUUCAUGGGCUUCAAGGCAGACAUCAUUUUGUGGAAUUUUUGGAAGAAGGAGUUACUUGCUCGGCUGUCCCUUCAUAAGGGUAAAAUCGAAGGACUAGCGUUCUCUCCAAACGAACUUUAUCUUGUGUCACUGGGAGGCCAGGACGAUGGCAGCGUGGUUGUGUGGGACAUCCUAACGAGAGAGGCUGUCUGCGGGAGCCCUGCCUCGGCCCGGAGCGCGGGCAAUACAACCAUUGUCGAGUGCUCUAGAUGCAGAGACGAGAUGUUUGUUACUGCUGGAAAUGGGACCAUUCGAGUGUGGGAACUGGAUCUACCAAACAGAAAAAUCCGACCAACUGAAUGCCAGACAGGGCAACUGAGAAGAGUGAUCACAAGUCUUAAGAUAGCAGAUGACGAUAACUAUUUUUACGCUGGCACAUCAAGUGGUGAUAUCCUGAAAGUGAACACAAACAACAAGCUGAUGACGGAGUAUGGGCCUAAAGAGAAGUUUAGCUUGGGAAUCACAGCUUUGAUUUUGCUGAAGACGGGAGAUUUAAUAGUCGGCACCGGAGAAGGGAUUGUGGCGCUCUGUAAAGGGUCAAACUACAAAGCAAUGAAGAGGAUUCAAGUUCAAGGUGGUGUCACUUCCCUGACAUGCAGAGGCGAGGGGCACCAGUUCUUUGUGGGGACAGACAUGUGCCAGAUGUAUCGAAUUAACUACACUGCCUUUAAAGAGGAGCUGAUUGCUGCCUGUCAUAAUGAAGCCGUUAACGACAUCGUUUUUCCUGUGGGAACUUCCGACUUGUUUGCCACCUGCUCCAAAAAUGACAUUCGUGUGUGGCACACCCCGGAAAACAGGGAGCUGCUGCGGAUUGUCAUCCCCAACAUGACCUGCUAUGCCAUAGAGUUCAUGAAGGAUGGCAAGAGCAUCAUUUCAGCUUGGAACGAUGGAAAAAUCCGUGCCUUCAUGCCAGAGACUGGACGGCUAAUGUAUGUGAUUAACAAUGCCCAUAGUUUGGGAGUGACAGCAAUUGCUGCUACAAAUGACUGUAAAAGGAUCGUUAGUGGAGGAGGUGAAGGGCAGGUAAUAUUUUGCUUUAAAAACCCAGAGCAGCUUUGUGCUCUCAUCACAGGACCUGGGAAAAUUGUCUGUAACUGCUUAGUCAGAGAGUGGAUCUGGGCAAUUGGUGAGAAGACUCGCAAACUGGAAGCAGUUCUGAAGGAGCACAUAUCUACUGUGUCUUGCAUUAAGCUUAAGAAGAAUGACCAAGAGUGUGUCACAGCCAGCCUCGAUGGAACGUGCAUCAUCUGGGAUAUUGUGCGUUCUGUAAGAAAACAAAUGAUUCUAGCCAACACAUUGUUCAAAUGUGUGUGUUACCAUCCUGAAGAGUAUCAGCUAAUCACCAGUGGGACAGACAGAAGGAUUGCAUACUGGGAAGUGUUUGAUGGCUCUGCGAUCAGAGAUUUGGAAGGCUCGCUGUCGGGCUCCAUCAAUGGGAUGGACAUCACGUCAGAUGGGGCGUACUUUGUCACAGGUGGUGAUGACCAUCUGGUGAAAAUGUGGGACUACAAGGAGGGUACAGUGACUCAUGUUGGAGUGGGCCACAGUGGCAACAUCACCCGUCUCAAGAUCUGCCCUGGGAACAAGUACAUCGUGAGUGUGAGUGCAGAUGGUGCCAUCCUGCUCUGGAAAUACCCAGACUUUCCCUAACAGCUGGCACAGGAGCUGCUGGGCUGCUUCUUCCUUGGCCCAUCCUAAAGGUCCUUUCUGCUUACAGAUAAGGUUGUUUUAAAGCAUUUGUACUGUUAGAGGAGAGAACCAUUUUUCUACUCUCUGGUAUGAAUUUACCAGAUCCUCCAGAUGUCCUUUUUAGCACUGAAUGAAUAGGUCUGAUUAUUUUUAUUUUUUCGGGGGGGCUAAGAAUUUCCUCUUCCUCUUAGUUUGGAGUGGAAGUAUUCAUCACUUCUGAAAAUCAUCCCGGCUGUUGUAACACUGGUGUUUUGUUACUGCCACCUUUUCUGACAGUCUCUUAGCCUAUUCUUGCUUGUGUGACUGCUCAUUUGUGUGCUCUCUCUCUUGUUCUUCCCUGCCCCCUUCUGUCCCUUUCUUUAAUGAAUAACUUGUUGUGUAAAUUCAGUCUUCUGUGUUCAUUUUAAUUUGUCGGGUGUUGAUUAAGGAGAAAGCCCUCAGCUCCAACUCAAGUGUUUAACUAGGAGGCUCUUUUGACUCAAGCUUUUAAAUCAAUGUUCUCCAAGGAAUGCCAGGUCUUUUGGGCUUCUUCAUUUGCAGUGUCCAAUCUAAAACUCUGUUCAGAGGCCUGAUUUUCAAAAGUGAGAGCGCAAUCGUUUCUAGAAAUGCCUGGAUGUCUCCAGCUGGACACAUACAAAUUCCCCGUCAUUGCCCUAAUUUUUCAAGCAGGCUCCAAAUAGCACAAAAUAUGUAUUCUGUCCGAGAAUGAGUAUCUGGUAUCACGUCUGGCAUUAUAGCCAACAGCUCUCGAGAUACUGUUUGUUUAAAGAUCAGCGUAGGCAGCCAGUCUGUGAAGUGAUGCAAGUGAAGUAAAUAUUUCUCCUGCAGGCACUGCGAAUUCUGUACAUAAAUUGAAAUUGUAGCAAAA